AUGUUCCAAUACGGCACCAACGCGGACAAGCCCUACGAUGAAGAACGCUUGAGCUGGGGUGCUGAGCACUCGCUAGAGCAGCGACGAAAAUCUAUGCGUAUCAGAUGGCCUCGAAAAUCGACGAUUCUCCUCUCCUUCUUGGACGUAUUUGUUAUAUGGCUACUUAUCCGUCAAUUGGAGCCUCUCCUCACUCUGUUACGGAGGAAUGAGGAGCUCUUCAAGCCUCAAGUCUCUCUCUCCGGGAAAGAACACUUGAGCAAUCUGCACGAAAUGAAUGGAUCAAGCCGUAUUCCGCGAAUACUCCACCAAACUACUGCUACGAACAAAAUUCCAGACAAGUGGGUUGAACCACAGGCAAGCUGCAAGGAGGCUUAUGGGGACUUUGAGUACAAGCUGUGGACUGACGAGUCGACUCGCGCUUUUCUCUCAAUCCACUAUCCCUGGUUUGUGGAUAUCUGGGAUAACUACGCCUUCCCCAUCCAGCGUGCAGACUCCCUUCGCUACUUCAUCUUAUAUCACUACGGCGGGAUAUAUCUCGAUAUGGAUACUUGGUGCAAUAGAAGUAUCCCAAUCGACAAGCUUGAACUCGAUGCAGUUUCUGAAUACGCUCUCUUCAAAUCCACAGUACCGACAGGCGUCACAAAUGACUUUAUGAUAACAUCCGCCAGGCAUCCCGUCUAUGCAGCUGCUAUAGCAAAGCUACCCAUUUCUAAUUCCCUUACUCGGGCCUGGGCUCAAUGGCAGCCAUACUGCGCCAUUAUGAUGUCUGCUGGACCAAUGUUUUUGACUAUGGUCGCGAUGGACUACUUGCUCAAGCAGGCUUCUCUACCUUCGCAAAACAUAGGAGUGGUUAAUCAAACUGAAUUAACUCCCUACAUCACCGACUUAGAGAGUGGCAGUUGGCACCGAGCGGACACGAAGGUCCUGAUGUGGCUUGGAUCACGACCGUGGACUUGGUUCAUUAUGGGCGCGAUGGGGCUGUUUAUUUUUUUGUACGUCUUGAAUCGUGUGUUGAUGAUUACCUUUGAAUUUCUGCUGGGCAAGGUUCCUCAUGGCAUUGGGAAUUUGAGAUUGCUGAAGGGUCCAUGGAAGAUAAAAAUUUAG